AUGCCCUUCAAACCCGGCCGUCCGGGCCGUCCGCCAAUUGCUCCAGCCGAUCACCCGGCCCAUAGCCUCAAGCUUGGUGCUGGUGAAAAAGCCGCUGCGCUAGCCAAACUCACUCCUGUGAAAAUGCCCAAUGAAACUAUCGUGGAAGACCUCCAGAAGUCAUAUCCAGACGACAAACGCUGGCGAAAAUUCAGGGCUGAUCCAGACUACAUUUUCGUCAUGCAGUGGAUUCUGCAGUGCCGUGGAUACGUGAAGUUGGCGCUGGAACACUUUGACACGGAUACAUUUGAAAUGGACUUGUUUGGCCAGGUGCCUGACGAUGAAGAGACGCUCUUGCUGAGUCGUCUUCGCGUAUCGUUACUUCUGAAAAUACACGGCAAAAAGGCUCUGCUUGCCCAAUUCGAGCCAUUGUUCAGAGUGUAUUUUGGCAGCGAUACACCUCUCAAGGGCCCCAAGAACAACGACGACUUUGCUGCACCGGGCUUGCCCAAGUUUGACGACUUAUUUAUCGACGAGAAGUUCAACAUCUUGGCUCUUCUUAUGGCCGAAGUCUCCUUGUAUCCGGAUUUCAGGGACUUCAUUGACAAAAACAAGCUCCCGCCAAUGCUUCUAAGACCCGAGUCUCUCUGGAGGGAAGCUAAGGGUGCCGUUGUUGAGGAAUUCAUUGUUGUGUUUGAUGGCACAGCAGGUUACAAAAGAACCACCAAAGCAAAAGAGCUUCUGGUGCCUAAGAAACGCGAUCAAGCACCAACAGACCCAGACAGCGAGCUAGGGCCCAAACCUUUUGACAUGACAGUCACAUAUGAGCCUAUCUUCCGAGAUAUCUACCAACUUGAUGCUGUUGUGGCUGAGCUACUGACCAAGAAGACGAAGAAAAAUAGAACAAUUCUUGAUGUGCUCAAACACCCAGAAUUUGUGGAGAAUAUGUUUUCUGUGGAGACGAAAAAACGGAGAAUAAUACAUCAUCGUCGUAAGGAGACUGAGAUGGCCCGCCUUUUGGCCACUAGAAAGAGAUCUCUGAGACUCGAAGCUAAGGAGAAGAUCAAGGCGAUCGAGGAACAAGAGCGUAAGACUCAAGAGCUUGAAGAUCUCCACUACGCUGUCAUGCGGCGCUCUUCCCGCAACACAAGGCUGACACCGUCUAAUAUGGACUAUUCGGGUGGAGUCACAAGAGAAGAGCGGUUACGUAAAAGGCUCGAGAGCACACCAGAAAUAUCUGAAUCAUCAACAGAGCCCACCGAGAUCACAGAGAUAAAGGAUGAAGACUCCAUGGAUGUUGAUGCCGCUGAACAACCAAAGGCUGAAACACUAGAAGCAAAAGAAGAUUACAAACCUUCCCCAAUAGAAGCUUCAAGAGAGGGAGAAUUCAGAGGGUCCAGCCAGGCCCGCUCCAACCCCAGGGAACUGGCUGCGGUGCUUACACCCUCCAAUGGAAUCUCUCAGCUGGAGAAUCCUCAAACCUUUCAGUCAUAG